AUGGCUACCAGGCCAACUUUCAUCGACCUGAGGUCGGAUUCACAGGCGUCGGUCGCUACUACCAGCUCGCGUCCGCUCCGAUCACCGAGGUUGCAUGUCGCAGGAGAAGUCCCUCCUACCCUUUCACCGCUGGAUGCAUUCGCUGCGCAAAGUCGGCUCCUUGCGAAGCAGCUGGAGGAGAGCCAGAAGAAUGGUCGUCGAAUGAGUCGCCUGCCGCCCCUGACGAUGGAGAGCCCCCUCGUCGUUCAGGGUCGCUCCGAGUACUUUCGCUCCCUGUCCUUCGAUGCCACCGAGGAUCAAGAUGGCAUCCCCGAGGAGAACACAGGGUUCGGCCAGACCACUGAGGUGGAAGAGCCCACAGAGCGCCCCGUGUCGAUGCACCCGCGAAUGAGCCGGAUCCCUCCUACACCCGACCAGUCGGUACCGAUGCCGAUCAACCCAUUUACCGAUCGGGGGCGCAUACUCGACCGCCUAGAAGAAACCGACGCGGACGGGUCCUAUGGUGCAAGGAGGGAGCAGUCGCCCGGCGACUUGGAGGACAUGACUGAGAGGGCGACGGAACGUAAGUCAAUGGACCGAGAUCCCAACCCGAGAGAACCAGGGUCGCAAAGUGCAAACCUGCCCGUGUCCAUACCGCCCUCGCCAGAAAAGCUCACCCGCCAAAUUUCACACGAUUCCGGUCUUGCGCCUCCGCGAUCCAUGUUUCCGAAACGCUCCUCGAGCAUCAUGUCCCAGCCUGUCGAGUAUAAUCACGACGAUAGUCUCAGUGCUUCGUUCCACUCGCAACCGCCUCCGCGAAAGCUGUCUAGCAGCAGUGGGUUCGGAACAGCGCUCGCAUCCCCUGCUCUUGGAGGCAGCCACCCCUAUCAGAGAUCACCUUCGAUCAGCUCCGUUGCCUCGCUGCCACGACCUUCGUUCAACUUCUCGAGACCACUGAGUAGGGCAGGGACACCUGGUCUCGACACCCCUUCGCGGCAAGCGUCAUCAGAUAGCCACCCAUCUUUCGUGUUUGCCGAUGACACUGCGCAUACCCCAAUUAGCAUGCACAGCGAAGCUUUCACGGAUGAUGAUAGUACUAAGGGUGCUCCUUCCUACAUUUACUCGAAAUAUUCUCUGCCGAGAGGCAAACCCCUGCAGCGGAAUUCGCUAAUAUUCAACCCUGAAGAUAUCUCUUCAUUUUCGUGGGACCAGUCCAUGGUGCCACCAAGCAAUGUCCAGCCAUUUGCUAAAGGACAGGCGCCGCCUUCACCGCCCUCAAGACCAACCAGCUCUUCGUCUCAGCACUUAGACAGGCCUUCAACGAACGAUCCUCUCCUGGCUCGACCGUCUUUGGAGAGGAGUAAACUGUCAACUGAAAUGUCGGCAAACAGGGUGCCUUCCCCAGAUCCAAGCCGGCCAUCGACCGGGGAUGCAAGGCCAUCAGAGGAUGUGCCUAGAGGGCGGCCUUUGACGUCGCCACUGCAUGAUCAGGCUCGAGGGCGCACGCCAGCGUCUGUUUCUACAUCCGAUUCUGCUAGCACCAUCAAGCCCACAAAGUCACUCGCACCGACCGCGGCUGAGAUGAGUGCCGAAGAACACCUAGAUAAGGGUAUUAAAUGCCACGAGGAGGGGUCCGUGAAGGAGUCGACAUAUCACCUACGCCUAGCUGCAAAGGGAGGCUCUCCAACAGGCAUGCUCUUGUAUGCCUUGGCGUGUCGACACGGUUGGGGCAUGCGGCCUAACCAGAAGGAAGGCGUCGAGUGGCUACGAAAAGCCGCAGACGGCGCAAGUCUGGAAAUCGCGGAGGACGAAGACCAAGUCAAGGGGGGCAAGACAGUGGAUUAUCACGAGCGGAAAACUCGCAAAGCGCAGUUCGCCCUGGCCAUCUAUGAGCUGGGUGUCAGCCACAUGAACGGCUGGGGUAUUGAGCAAGACAGGGCCCUCGCAUUACGGUGUUUUGAAAUCGCUGGCAAUUGGGGCGAUGUUGAUGCUCUAGCUGAGGCAGGUUUCUGCUACGCUCAGGGUGUCGGGUGCAAGAAGGACUUGAAAAAGAGUGCCAAGUUCUACCGUAUGGCCGAGGCCAAAGGGAUGAGCAUGCCCGGCAAUAGUUGGAUCCACAAGCCAAAGUACGCAGACGAUGCGAGCAGCAUCAAAUCGAAGAAAGCUCGCAGCAAGUCCAGAGGACGCGGCAUUUUCGGCAAGAAGCACAAGGAGGCCAAAGAGGCCGAGUGA